AUGCCUGAACUCGCCUUUCUCAUCGCUGAAAAAGUAUUGGAGGAGCUAGAGUUCCUCGAUUUCUUCUUGCCAUGGGAACUCGAAAGCGAUAUCAGAAAGCUUGAGGGCACUGUGUCAGCCAUUCAAGCAGUGCUCUUGGAUGCUGAAGAGAAGCAAGCAAGCAUCCCCCCGCUUAACCUCUGGUUAGGCCGGCUCAAAGGUAUCUUAUAUGAUGCCGAGGACAUGCUGGAUGAAAUGGAGGGGGAAGCCUUUUUUAUAACAUGUGGGAGCACUGGCACCAAGGUACGCUCUUUCUCUAUGCCCUCUAUGCCCUCUAUGCCACUUCCAUUCCAUCCUAAACAGGGUGAUAGAAUCAGGAAUAUAAGAGAGAGGUUAGAUGAGAUUGCAGCUGAUAAGGAUAGGUUUAAUUUCACCGUACGACUUGACGAUAGGCAUUUCGUUCACUGGAAGAGGGACAUGGGCCACACAUUUGUUGAUCCUAGAGAGGUCAUUGGUAGAAGAAUGGACCAAGAAAAGCUCAUAGAUCUUUUGAUGCACCCUGCUGGCAGUAAAGUCAAUGUAAUACCCAUUGUUGGAUUCGGAGGUGUGGGGAAGACUACGCUCGCCAAAUUGGUCUACAAUGACGAGCGUGUAGUUCAGCACUUUGAACUAAAAAUCUGGGUUCAGGUGUCUGAGGAUUUUGAUAAUUCAAGAUUGAUUAAAAAAAUCCUUAACUAUUCUGCGAGGGAAAUGGUGUUAGAUGAGGAUGUGAUCACAUAUUGGUUGAUAUUUGAAAAAUUGAUGGAUAAAAGAUAUAUACUCGUCUUGGAUGAUGUUCGAAACUUAGAUUAUUAUAAGUGGAUUCAUCUGAUAAAUAUGUUUUACGGUGAGUCCGAAGGAAGUAAAGUUAUAGUUACAACCCAUGGUAGCUCCAUUGCCCCCACUAUGGACACUGUUUCCCAAUAUAGUUUAGAAGGUCUUUAUUUGUGA